AAAGGAUAAAGUGCAUCACAUCAGAGCUGACUUCCAAAAGAAGUGGAUGUGGGGAAGGGAAAUACUCUACCUUUAGUUCCUGUGGAAGACGUCUCAUUUAAUAUCUUCAGUGCAGAAUAAUAUGACAAAUGAUGUGCCUUUUUCAUACAAGGAGAAGCCAUGAUGCUUACCAGGAAAUACAGUGGAGCUGCCGAAGCAUUUGGCUCAUUUUCUGCUUGUUUCUAAGAAGCUGUGUAUCAAGUCCUCCAAAACCCAAUUUUUUACUGAUACUGGCUGAUGACCUUGGUAUUGGAGAUGUGGGUUGUUAUGGCAAUGAUACUAUCAGGACACCUCACAUUGAUGGUCUGGCAGAGGAAGGGGUGAGACUUACUCAGCACAUUGCUGCAGCUGCUGUCUGUACUCCCAGCAGAGCAGCCUUCCUGACUGGCAGAUACCCCAUCAGAUCAGGCAUGGCAUCCAGCACAGAACGGCGCAUUCUUUUUUGGAAUGGAUGUUCUGGUGGACUCCCACCUAAUGAAACUACUUUUGCCAGAGUACUGAACCAGCAAGGUUAUUCUACAGCACUUGUAGGGAAGUGGCAUUUGGGUGUGAACUGCAAAUCCCACCGUGAUCACUGCCACCACCCUUUAAACCAUGGUUUUGAAUACUUUUAUGGCAUGCCUUUUACCAUUUUGAAUGAGUGUCAAGGCACUGAUGACCCUGAACUGGCCAAGUCUUCACAAGAUACAUAUUGGCUUUACACACAGAUGAUCUUUCUUGCAGUGUUUACGCUUUUGUUUGGAAAACUUACCCACUUAUUCUCAGUAAAAUGGAAAAUAAUAGUGUGUGUGACCAUCUUUGGUGUCCUGUAUUUCCUUUCCUGGUUCUCCAGCUAUGGAUUCACCAAGUACUGGAACUGUAUUCUGAUGAGAAACCAUGAAAUCACAGAACAGCCAAUGAAUCUAGAAAAAACUGCAUCUAAUAUGCUGAAGGAGGCAGCUUCAUUCAUUGAAAGAAACAAGCAUAGACCAUUUCUUCUCUUAUUUUCCCUCUUACAUGUUCACACCCCACUCAUUACCACAAAGGAGUUUCUGGGAAGAAGCAGGCACGGCCUAUAUGGAGAUAAUGUAGAGGAAAUGGACUGGAUGGUGGGUAAGCUUCUGCAUGUUAUUGACAAAGAAGGCUUGAAGAACACCACAUUUGUUUAUUUUGCAUCUGAUCAUGGAGGAUCUGUAGAGGCUUACAGAGGAAAUACUAGAUUGGGUGGAUGGAAUGGUAUCUAUAAAGGUGGAAAAGGAAUGGGAGGCUGGGAAGGAGGGAUCCGUGUUCCAGGAAUAGUUAGAUGGCCCGGAGUGUUGCCUGCAGGCACAGUUAUCAGCGAACCAACAAGCCUCAUGGACAUUUUCCCAACAGUGGUUCACCUGGCUGGAGGGAUAGUGCCUCAGGACAGGGUAAUUGACGGGCGCACCUUGAUGCCAUUACUGCAGGGGACAGUUCAGCACUCCGAGCAUGAGUUCAUGUUUCACUACUGUGGUGUGGUUUUACAUGCAGUACGGUGGCACCAGAAAGACAGAGGUAACAUAUGGAAAGCUCAUUAUGCUACUCCACAGUUCCAACCAGAAGACUCUGGAGUUUGCUUUGAAAGAAGAAUUUGCCCAUGUUUUGGGGACGGUGUAACCCAUCAUGACCCACCACUGCUGUUUGAUCUCUCACAAGAUCCUUCAGAGGAAAAUCCCCUAUCCACGGACACUGAGCCUUUGUUUGAUUCCAUAAUGAAGAGAAUAGGAAAAGCUGUAGAAGAGCACCGUAGCACGCUGACUCCAGUCCCACAGCAGCUGUCUCCUUACAACAACGUAUGGAAGCCGUGGCUGCAGCCAUGCUGCGGCACAUUUCCAUUCUGUUGGUGUGAUAAAGAAACCGAGAAAGCCAGUGAUAUGCUUUAAUACCAAAAUCGAGUUAGGUUUUUUCAGCAAUAUUCACAUUCACGUGACUGCGGUCAUAUAGAGAUAGGGGGCAAAUUACACCAGAAUAGCUGAAAGGGACAUUCUUGGCGCUUUUUGGUCAGUCUUUCUUCACUAAGCCUGUACUUUUAAGCAAUUUCUUUUAAGGAAAUGUUCCAAUGUCCAUGUCACAUGUAUAUUCUAUGCCUCAAAUGGAUAGUUCUAGAUCAAAUACACAGAUAAGUGAAACAAAAUGUCUUUUCUUACCAAUUUUCAGCUUAACAAAAUUACGAAUGACAAGAGAUUAAACUUGAAUGGAUGCCGUUUAUGCAGGUAAUAUAUUUGUUAAGUUAAAAGGUCUGUGCCAAAGAGGAUCUCUCUUCAAGAUCUUAUCCUUUUAGUAAUAAAGCUGUUGUGUGCUUCACAG